CCACUCCGCCCCCAGAAGCAACUUGGCCAAGGAGCUUAUCGGACGUAAAGGAGAUUCUCUCUCUGCUGUGCUCCUUGAUACCCUACUAAACGUGGGAAUUUCUUCGGAGUUUUAGCCCAGAUUAUCGGGAUCCUCCCCUCGCCUUCCCCCUCCUGUUCAACAUUUUACAUUUUGGUAUUUUCUUCUUCUGAAAGCAAAACAUAAAAAAAGAAGGUAUAUAUACUCGAUCCUUGCAGCACACCGACCAAAAGGACGUAACCUUCCUCCAGCCACCCACCCUUCGGGGUCUUCAGUGACUCUUGGAGCAGGCAGAAGUUCUUGGAAAGAUGUUUAUGUGGUGGACAAUUGUUUCUUUCCUUGGAUGCAUUUUCCUGGGUGCAGAAGGAUGGCCACCAAAAGAAGGAUAUGAUUUCAAACCCUACCAGCCUCUUGUACGAUUACGCCACAAGCAGGAAAAGAAUCCUGAGAAUUCAAGAAACAAAGGAUAUGUGAAUCAUGAUGCUCCCCUUGGAUCGUGUGAAAAUAAGUACUGUGGUUUGGGUAGGCACUGUGUUGUUAACAGAGGAACAGGGCAAGCUGAGUGUGUCUGCAUGGAACACUGCAAACCUCACUACAAGCCUGUGUGCGGUUCUGAUGGCGAAUUCUAUGAAAAUCAUUGUGAAGUGCACCGAGCUGCCUGCCUGAAAAAGCAAAAGAUUACCAUUGUUCACAAUGAAGACUGCUUCUUCAAAGGAGAUAACUGUAAGUCCAUUGACUACAAUAAGAUGAAAAACUUUCUGCUGGAUCUCCAAAACAGAAGAUACAUUCUACAAACAAGAGAAAGAAGUGUUGAAGAUAAAAUGGCUUUGAAGAAAUUGUUGGUGGACCAGAUGUUUAAAUAUUAUGAUUCAGACAACAAUGGUCUUGUGGACAGCAAUGAACUAACACAGGUAAUAAAACAGGAUGAGCUUGGCAAGGAUCUGUCUGACUGCUCUCUUUUCGAUCUCUUGAAAUAUGAUGAUUAUAACAGUGACAAACACCUAGGCCUGGAAGAAUUCUAUAGAGCAUUUCAAGUAAUUCAACUGAGUCUGCCAGAAGAUCAGAAAAUAAGCAUCACUUCAGCAACAGUAGGACAAAGUGCAGUUCUAAGUUGCGCCAUUCAGGGGACCUUGAGACCUCCCAUCAUCUGGAAGCGGAACAAUGUCGCUCUGAACAACUUAGAUUUGGAAGACAUCAAUGAUUUUGGCGAUGAUGGGUCCCUGUACAUUACUAAGAUUACUACAACUCACAUGGGAAAUUACAGCUGCUAUGCAGAUGGUUAUGAUAAACUUUAUCAGACUCAUAUUCUUCAAGUAAAUGUUCCACCGGUCAUAAGAGUGUUUCCUGAAAGCCAAGCACGGGAGCCAGGUGUCACAGCUAGCCUUCAGUGCCAUGCUGAGGGUAUCCCCAAUCCAGUGCUUGGCUGGUUGAAGAACGGGAUUGAUAUAACUCCAAAGUUAUCUAAACAGUUAACACUUCAAGCAAAUGGCAGUGAGGUCCACAUUAGCAAUGUACGUUACGAAGAUACAGGAGCAUACACCUGUAUUGCAAAGAAUGAAGCAGGAGUAGAUGAAGACAUCUCUUCACUUUUUGUGGAGGAUUCUGCUCGAAAGACACGUCUGGGAAUUGGGAAUAUGUUCUAUGUAUUUUAUGAAGAUGGAAUCAAAGUGAUACAACCAGUAGAGUGUGAAUUCCAGAGACAUAUUAAGCCUAGUGAAAAGCUUCUUGGAUUUCAGGAUGAAGUUUGCCCUAAAGCUGAAGGGGAUGAAGUCCAACGGUGUGUCUGGGCAUCUGCUGUUAAUGUAAAAGACAAAUUUAUAUAUGUAACUCAGCCCACCUUAGACCGAGUGCUGAUUGUUGAUGUGCAAUCACAAAAGGUUGUGCAAGCAGUAAGUACAGAUCCAGUGCCAGUCAAACUUCACUAUGACAAAUCACAUGAUCAAGUAUGGGUGCUCAGCUGGGGAAGCUUUGAUAAGAAUUCUCCUACGCUGCAGGUGAUCACUCAGGCCAGUGGGAGUAUUUCUCAUCAUACUAUUCAUACUCAACCUGUGGGGAAGCAGUUUGAUAGAGUGGAUGACUUUUUCAUUCCAUAUACAACCCUCCUCAUCAGUCACAUAAGGUUUGGAUUUAUUCUUCACAAAGAUGAGCCUGUGCUUCAGAAAAUUGAUCUUGAAACUAUGUCAUACAUCAAGACAAUUAGUUUAAAGGAUUACAAUUGUGUUCCAAAGUCUCUGGCUUACACACAUCUUGGAGGAUAUUACUUUAUAAACUGUAAGCCUGACACUACAGGAGCUGUUCCACCGCAGCUAAUAGUGGACAGUGUUACAGACUCCAUUAUGGGAUAUAAUGGUGAUGUAACAGGAACUCCAUAUAUCUCUCCAGAUGGUCACUACCUAGUCAGCAUUGAUGAUAUGAAAGGUCUCAUGAGGGUCCAGACCAUUACAGUUAGAGGAGAAAUACAGGAUGCCUUCGACAUCCACACCAACUUGCACAUAUCUGAUGUGGCUUUUCAAGCAUCAUUUACUGAAGCCCAUCAAUAUAAUGUCUUUGGUAGCUCUAGCACACAAACUGAUGUGCUCUUUGUAGAAUUGUCUUCUGGCAAGGUGAAGAUGGUGAAGAGUCUUAAGGAACCUCUUAAGCCAGAUGAAUGGCCUUGGAACAGUAAGAAUCGGUUAAUUGAGGGCAGUGGGCUUUUUGGCCAGUACCUGAUGACACCUUCCAAGGAAUCCUUGUUUAUUCUAGAUGGACGGCUGAACAAGCUGAAUUGUGAAAUCACUGAAGUUGAGAGAGGAAACACAGUAAUUUGGGUUGGAGAAGCAUAAGGAACCAUAUUAGAUAACAGCUGAGUGAAUAGUUUUACAGUACAUUGCACUUAACUUCAUCCUCUAAAUUGUCACUGUUUUGUUUUGUUUAUUUUUUAAAAAAAGUUAGACCCUUCCGUACAUGUUGUGCGGUUGACUGAAAUGCAAUUUUGGUGGCAUAAAACAUGCUGAAAUUGUGAGUAAACAUUCUAUGUACUAUUGAUGACCUCUUUAGGGUGGAUUGGCCAAUUGGUGAGAAUAUUAAAUAUAUAUGUACCCUCAAUAUGUGAGCCAUGUGUUGACAUAAUGAUGCCACAUUUUAAAAUGAAGGUUUUUGUUUUAAAGGGGGGAAAUCAUGUUGAUUUAAUCCUAUUCAUCUAAUUGUUAGGGUAUGCUCUGUGCAUAACUUUAGGAUUCUUAAACUGAAAUAUUCUGUCUUGCCCUGUCCACUAUUUAAUAUUUUCGUGCCUUGAAGGGAAAUAUCUCACAAGGAAAGAGAAGCCUAGGAAACAUGUAAUUGUAUUUCCAUUGUGGCUACAGGCUUUCGUUUUCCCUGAAAAGAAGCUUUUGAUAUCUCAAGUUUUUCCAUCAGGUUGUAAAACAUGUUUUUUUAAGACAAAGAAAAAGUAUAUUUGCAACAUCUCUUGCAUUAUCAUUUUUUAUUACUGCAAUUUGAGGUUAUUAUUUUUAUUUGCAGGUUUCAGUUGAAAUUCUUUUAACUGCUCAUAGAACUUUGACCCUUUUUUGUGGCAGAGUUAGGCGAUUAUCUCCUCACCUCCAAAACAGUUGCAUCAACAGGGAGUUUCGGUUCUACUAAAGAGAAAUAUCAUGUGUAUCUGCUUAGGAAAAGACAUAUUUUGUCACAAUACCAAGAAGUUUCAUUUACACUGGCAAGAAAACUGUUAUUUUUUGAAACCAACAAUUUCUUACUAGAGGUGCAUUUUUAGGGAAUCUGUGUAGCAAUGGAACUAAAAAAGAUGGAAAUUAACAGCAUAAUCCUGUGCAUGUCUACUCAACAGUAAGGCCCACUGAGUUCAGUGGUCCUUACUCCCCAAUGUGUAUACGGUUGAAGCCUCAGAACAUGUUCCUAAGCUUCUUAAUGGAAGUAAAAGGUCUAUUGAAAUUAAUUACUAACCUCUAAGUAACUAUGUUUAAGAUUACUUUGCUAGGUACUAGAGCCUCUGUGUGUACAUUGUCUGUCAAAUACCUGCUUUUCCUCAACACUUUUAAUAAACCUUAGUAAUUUUUUCUAUCCUACUCCUACCAUUAGAUAACUAUUGCAAGAUGUUGUCUUUCUAUAUUGUUUCUUUUAGUUUAAUGAAUUACUGCUCUAGUUUCGGACAUUCCUUCUACAUCUAUACAAGGAUAAUAAAGGUUCUAAAAUUUAGAAUCAUUGUAGCCGCUAGAAUGAAAAAAAAAAAAUCUGCACUCAGAGUUAACAGUUAAACUUUUUCUUCAAUUUUUCAGUAACAAUCUAGUAGGUGGUUCUGAUUAUUUUUAAAGUGUUUAUUUAACUAAAACAGGCUUUUCAACUGACCACUGUUUAUUCAAUGCAAUCAGAAAUUUACUCUAAUUUUACCCUAACAUGUAAAGCUGCUUAAAAUUUUGAAAUUUUCUAGCAUUGUAUUUUCUUGUGUGUAAUUAGCAUCUUGCGCUGUGAUACAGUAGAAUUCUCUUUAGCUUAAGAAAACUGGCAGAUUUAACUGAAUAAAAUGACUUACAUUUCUAGCUACUGAAUCCUUUUAACAGUUUUUCCCAUUGUGAGCAAAACAAAAACAAACAACC